GGCUCUGGGAGGGGAGGGGGGUCUAGUGGGCUAGAAUGGGGGUCAGGAUAUGGAAGCCAGGAAACCCAAGUUCUAUUUCCAGCUCUGAGAGGAGAACAUGAAGAAGGGGGUGCUGAAUACUGGUCACUUAUCCAGCCGGGGUGGGGAGGAAAUGGCAGUUUGCAAUAUGGGGCAAUGCUGGGUCAAUGUCACUGGCCUGACGCCGUGGCCAGUUUCACUAGCUCAGCCGGCUGCCUCAGGAAAGGGGUGCAAAGGGUUACAGACCCAGAGCAGGACCAGUGGUGUUUGCCAAGCUGACUAGGAGAGGCCCGGCGAAGAGGGACAUAUGGCCAGCCUGGGGAAAUAUGGAGUCACACCCAGGAUGUAACUCCAAUUGCUGGGGAUAGGAGCAGCAGCUGUUACUCCCUGGAACCAUAUGGAAGGGGAAGGACUGUUAGUGGUGAGGGUGGGGGUGGAAAACUAGAAAUGGGGAAGUCUCGUCUAGAGAUCAGUGCAGGCAGCACAAUAGAAGGGUUCAGGGCUCAGGACUCCUGGGUUCUGUGAAGGAGAAGCCUGUGCCCUGUUGGAACUGCAUUUUAGGGUAGCAGGAAGGAACCACCCCAGCUGGAAUUCACCCAGGGACGUGGAGGGUUCGCACCCAGGCACUGGACAGGUGAUCAAAGGUGUUUCCCUACCCGUAAACUCAUUGGACGCUGGGAUUUCAUGCAGAGACGCUAACACACCACCAGGCAGUGCCCUUCCUCAACAGAGCCUGUAUAAAUACCCCCACGACGUGGCACUGGGUUCAGUUACCGAAGGGACGAGGUUCGACAAGAACAGAAAGAUCAUAUGUCCCUGUCUCCGGCUCACUCAACAUGGCUCUUUUGACCCGUGGCCAACAAAGUAUGAUUGCCAGGGGGAUGAAGUAUCUGGUGUCUCUGGCCAACAAUCUGAGCAUUUCCAAUAAAACCCCAGAUGUUCACAAGGAGAUACGGGAAGAUGCCCACCGCGCUUGUGAGGAAAUGACAGAGGUGGUGGAGCAGCUGGAAAAACAGCUGCUUGCCAUCGAUGACCAGACCGUGGACCUGAUUGACAAAAAGUCACAGCUGAACAAUGAAAUGAAUGAAAGAAAGUUAAGCCAGGAUCUGUUACAAAUCCAGCUGAAAUACAGUGAGAAAACCAAUGUCUGUGCCCAAGAAAUGCAGAGGACGGCAGAGAAGCACCUGGGGGAGCUUAAGGAGAUGCAGAAGAAGACCUCUCUAUACAUGGCUCAGAGAGCGGCCCAGGAGCUACAAGGAGCCAUCGGCCUCUAUGAAACCAAAGUCUCUGAAUACAAACAAAAUACCUGCAAAUGCAACAUUGAGAAAGAAGAAAUUGAGGUGAAGAUUGAAGCCAAUAAGAAGAGAAUUGACGAGAUCAAUCUGGAACGUUCAGCAUCAUCAAGGAAGGAAGAUCAGAAGCGGGUGAGGAAACAUGUCAACUUCCUGGGUCGGCUGGCCGAGGAGGUCAAGAUAGUCAAGUCAAAGGUGCAGCAUGACUCUGACUAUGAAAUUGCCUGGGAACCUUUGGAAACGAUUGCAGAGAUGUGGCGGGACAAAGACGGCCAAGAGGUGUUGAACUUCCUGGAUCAAGAGGAAAUAAGUGCCCUUGUCUGUAACCUAAAGGAAAUAAUUGAGUCAAGGGCUGACAAUGAGGCCUAGACGAAGGAUUUUUAGAACUGAGCUGGGCCCAGUGCAGAGGAGAAUGUGAUGUGUUAGUGCGUCUGAUUCUGAUCCCACUUACACCGGGUUUACAAUGAGGCCGCAGAGAUCAGAAUCCAGCCCUGACUCCAUUAACUUCAGUGGGGUCACUCUGGAUUUACACUGGGGUACCAGAUCAGAAUUAAGUUCCAACCUCAGUGACUCCAGAUUUAUACUAGGGCAAACUGGAAAACAGAUAUGUAGUGGAAGGGUGUCUCAUCUGGUCAGAGUGUGGCCCAGUAAAACCACAUAAUAUGUCACAACCUUUGCAUCUGGCUCAGGAAAUGCUAAACAUACUUACAAAAUAUUGGGUGAAUCUGGGCUCCAGGGAAGUCAAUGAGUUUUUCCCAUUGUUUGCAGUGGGGGAAAGAUUUCAUACAUCAUGCACACUAUGUCUUUGCCCUAUUUUUUUGCUGGAGAUUUGGUUAAGGUCAACAGAACUGCAGUUGAAGCUCUCUCAGCUUUUAUUGUGGGGCAGGGGCAUAUGAAUCUUUAACUAAGAAAGCUUUUCUCUGAGGUGUUAGUAGGCAUUUGAGUUAAAUAUAAGGGCUGUCAUAAUGAAGGGUUUUGAAUAAAAAUUCCUUUAUAUCCCUAUGAGCUGGGUUUCACUUGCAUGGCUAUCUGUGACGAUACAAUGCUGCCAUUUCUCCAUUCAGCCAUAGUCUCCCAGGGAAAACAGGAUAGUUAAUAACUGGAAGGAUAUAUAAAAUAAUAGCUUGUUAAGUUUGCAGUUAACACACAACUUGGGAGAGUGGUUAUUAAUGAUGAGGGCAGGGCAGUUCUUCAGACGGGUCUGGAUCACAUGGUAAGCUUGGUUCACUUUUUAACACAGUGUGUAAUUAGGCUGUGGAACUCAUCGCCACAGGAAAUCACUGAGGCCAAAAACUUAGCAAGAUUCAAAGUGGGUUAGGAAGUUUAUAUGGAGAACAAGAACAUCUCAAGUUAUCAUAACAAUGAUAAUACAAUUUUGUGGCAGGGAUAUUAGACGCCAGGCUUCUGGGUUUAAACCACUCUCUAACUAGCCGAGAUCAGGAUGAGAGCUAAUGUAGCAGGUGGGAGUCUGGAUUGCAGCUCUAUUCCCAGCUGUGAGUGUGAGUCAGGACUCCUGCGUUCUGGUCCCCACUGUGGGAGAGAAGUGGGGUCCAGUCGUUAGAGUAGCGGAGGGCACUGGUUAUCAGUUCUCCUAGACUCUAUUUCCACCUAUGCCUUUGGAUGGUUUUCUGACUUAAGAGAAUCUACUUGGAGGGGAAUUUUCAGCAGGGAUGCGAUGGGUGAUCUGUGCCAGAACAGAGCCCCCUCUUUAUCCUUUGUGGGUUCGAGAUCAGGUUUCUUUAUCACCACCCAAGGCCUGGGAGGGGAGUCAGACACACACACCCCCAGCAGCGCCCACUGCAGCACGUCUAUCUUUCUCUGCCUGGAUAGGCACGCUGGCCUCAGUACAUUCAGUAAGAGGAAGUCUGGAGAGAAAGUGGCAUCCACACACCUGGAUGGGCACAGCUCCCUUUUUGGGCCAUUCAUCCUCUGCGGGGCAUGGCCAAGGACUUUAUACCACCGGGUUGGAAAAUUAAAUAGGAGAUUUACAGCUUCUUCCUUGGAGCGGUGCAGGAUUUGACGUUCCCUGGGAGCUCACCAUGAGAUGUGUCCCCAAAAGGCAAAGAGCAAAAAGAAAAUGGGUAAACCAGCUAGAUAUGCAGCAUGGGUCCCCAAGUUGACGCUGGAAUUGACAGGAAACCCCACCUCCAUGGCUCUGAGAAGUCUUUGUUCCCUUGCAAACCUGUGUGCCAAAACAAAACACUAUAUUUAUCUCAAACUCUCAUUUAUGAGCCUUGCUGAUUGGCCAAAGUGCACUGUAAAAGACAGAUGUUUGCAGUAGUUGGUCUGAAGCCAGCUGAAUGAAAAGGGGUUAGCAGUGCUGUGAUGUAGCUACGGAUGCCUUGUAAAAUCCAUGCAUUCUGAAAUGUCUCUAUAACCUUGUUUGGCCAAUUCAUCUCAUGUGCCGGUGCAAAUCUGGAAAGUAAAAGUCGCUGAAGGCUCAGGAAUGUGUUCCAAAGCAGUUUUUAAGGCUGUUUCUCUUUCUGAAUCUGCCGCUCCAGUAAAAAUGCCUGCCAUGCAAUGUGUUUGCUUUUUUAACCCCCGUGGGGCUGACAUCUUGAGCAGGGGGUGCACUGCAGUUGACCAGGAGAAGGAGCAUGGAACAAGGAGUGGGGGCGGUGGCACGCUUUGUCCAUGGUCCUGGGAUUUGAUACUUCCAGGAAAUAAACCUUUUUGAGAUUAAAGUUUCCGACAUGGACACGAGGAGGAAGAAGGAAUUAAAGCCAAGCAACUGGUUGCCUUAGGGCGCUGCAGAAAGACAGACAUGUUCAGCCUUUCACAUAGCAACAUACUCCAAAUAUGGCAGCUCCCAGCCGGUACCUGGAGUUGUUUAAAUUCCCUACACAGAGAAGACCCUGAGAUUUUUAUGUAAUACCACAAAUAUGACUUGGUGGUUGAGGUCCCCUCUGCAGAACCAUCAGGCUGGCUCUCCACCUACGUAUUGUGGUCAUCUUUGGUGUUUCUCUGGCUCAUUGUUGGGUGUGCCAAAGAUAUUUUGGCUGUCUGGGGUCCUGAGUGGACUAGGUGCUUUCCACCUAGGGGUUGGUGUGAA